AUGAUGUUGGGUGAGGAGUCGACCUCAGCCGACUAUUGGAAACAAUGUGGUGACGAGGCUCUCCGCAACGGCAUCAAGGGAGUUAUUAUGAUGGGAGCCCAUUGGGAUUGUUUUGGCGAUCAAAUCCAGGUAUCAACAAACCCUAACCCUGGCAAGAGCCCCGUCGCGUAUGUUCAUCCAUCGAAGUACGUCGACUACAAGCUCAACCCCGAUUUGAAGACUGCCAAACGUUGUAUCGACCUCCUCGACGAGGCCGGGUACAAUGUCAGUGGCAACGACACCUUCGACUGGAUCCACGAUACAUAUCUGAUCUUGAUCCGCAUGUUCCCCAACGGAUGCCCACCAUCCACCAUCAUCUCCAUGAAUGCCCGAUAUGACCCCCAUUUCCAUCUGAAGGUGGGCUCGACCCUCCGCCAGCUGCGCAAAGAGAACUAUCUCAUUAUCGGAACCGGCGGGGCGGUUCACAAUCUGUACCGCAAUCGGUGGGCCCCUAUGCUUCGCUUCCGCGACAAUUUCGCACAGGAUACACCCCCGGAACACUGGGCACUGGAGUUCCGACAAGCCGUCGAGGAUGUCUUCACGAAGACCUCCGGGCCACAAUUGAGACGCGCCAUGACACGGCUGAUGAAGCAUCCAGAAUACCGCGAUGCGCACGCUACAGAUGAUCAUUUUAUGGCUGCCAUGUUCGUUGCAGGCGCAGCUGGUGAUUUCGAGGAUGAGGGAACGCCUGCUAUUCUGGCCACCGAAACUUGGGAACUCACGAAUAUGUGUAAUUCGCAGUUUACUAUUAGUUCUUGGCCAAAGGUGGCCGCAUAA